CACAACAAUGCACGUGGCAGUUCCUCUUUGUCUUGGGGGUUUUUCACCUUCUGCUUCUGUUGUAUAUAACUUCAGUCGGCACGAGAACAAGCAGACAAACUGCUCAACAACAGCGCCACUCUGGCCAUUUAUCAAGAUGCGUGCAUUGCUCCUCGUGGCCCUUCAUGCUGCACUGUGCUGUCCCUCCUCUGGCAGCCAUGGCGAGAACAUACAGACACUGAUGGACCAUGUUCUGGUUCUGAGGGUGCCCUACGGUGUGGGCAGCCGUGUUCAUGUCUCUCUGACCUGUGGAGAAGCUUAUGAAAACCAGCCUGUGUUUUGGAAGAAGGAUGGUAUGGCCCUUAGUCCUCCAUUGCAGGGAAACCAGGUCAUGGUUCUGGUGGAAGAGAUGGUUGGAGGAAACUACACCUGUCACCUUGGUCCAGAUGGAGAAUACCUCAACCACACGAUGAUCCUCAUCCAACUCGACCCGGACAACAGAACUGUCAUACUGGAAGAAAAAUCCCCUGAAGAAGGUCACAUCCAUUGUUCAGCACCAAACUAUAAAGGCUCCUUCCACUGCACCUGGAGAAGGACACAGUCUAGAGCCAAUGCAGCUGUGCUGCUGGUGAAGGCAGAGCGGCACAUGGAACAGAUCCCAUGUGUGCUGGAUGCUGACAGCUCAGGCCUUCGCUGUGAGGACGUCAACUGCCCGUAUAACGAGGAGAAACACCGCAUCUCCCUCACACUUUACAUCUACAGCGCCUCUCGCCUGGAGGUCUACACGAAGACGUUCUACCUGAGAGAGAUCGUGAGGCCAGCAAGACUACCAAACCUGAACGUCAGUGACGGAAGGGUGUUCAUGUGGAGGUACCCGGAUUCCUGGGAGAAGCCUUGCACCUACUUUGGUCUGCACUUCCAUGUCAAGGUUGUUCCCAGUGGCCAUUUGUGUAACAGUGAAGAAUACAUAGUGAACGGUACCACUGAGGACACCAAGUAUGACGUCAGCUUGAAGACCAAGAAGUACGUUUUCUGCGUUCGAGCUCAGGAUAAGUUCACCAGAGGGCCGUGGAGCCCCUGGAGCCAGUGCAUAGUCAACAAACAACAUGUGCACUGCUAACGCUGUCACUGGACUGCAGACAUAACGGAAAGGAAGACAUUUCAGCAAACUACAACAUGAGGCAUUGUGAAUGUAUACGUGUACAGUAUUUAUUGAUCCUGCCUUCUAAGUAUAUUUUUUUAAUUGAUUCCUAAAAUUUAGUUUUUUUAUAACUCUCUAAGUUAUUCCUUAGGUAUCUCAGCAUUUCAUAAUAAACUAAUGAACAUUCA